AUGAACGGCCACAAUCGCCCGGCAAGUCGCCACGACUUUCAAGUUGCAAUCAUCUCCGCGCUGCCACUUGAAAACAAUGCUGUUCUUUGUUCAUUGGACGAGCACUGGGAUGACGCUAAUUAUGUCUAUGGCCGGGCUGAGGGCGAUCCCACCCAGUAUAGGUUUGGGAGAUGUGGAGGACAGCCCGUGGUUAUCGUUAUUCUUCACAAGAUUGGGAUGGAGGCAGCAACUACUGCCGCCCAAUCACUUAGGAUGAGCUUUCCCUCCAUUAAUCUCGUUCUCCUGGUUGGGGUUUGCGGCGCGGUUCCUUGGACACCCGAUGAAAAGAAAACGGAGAUUGUUCUCGGCGAUGUUAUUGUUAGCGAAGUGCUGGUGCAGCUUGACAAUAUUCGCCAGUACCCCCACGGCACGCAACGGCGACAGGACACCAUAUACGAUUCACCUAUGAAACCGAGUGAGGAGGUUAUCGGCCUGUUGCAGUGCUUGAAGACCCAGGCUGAGUUGAACAGCUUGCGCAUGAAGAUGAUGGACAACCUUAGCGAGUUACUGCGCAAACCAGCCAUGGAUACAAGCUGUCCUCAUGUAUCUGAGGAUAAGCUAUUCGAACCAAAUUACAUUCAUCGACACCAUUCGGGGUGUCCUGAGUGCAGUACAUUAAAAUCGGUUUGUAACGCUGCUCUGAAAUCUUCCUGCGACGCAAUAUCCUGUGACGACGCAAGACUCAUACAACGCGAACGACUACUUGCCCAGGUCAAUGAAGCUCCACCAAACCAUAUGAUUCAUUUUGGAUCAAUUGGUACGGGAAAUGUUGUCAUGAAGUCCGCCGAGCAUCGGGAUGAAUGCGCAAAGUCCGAAAAAGUCAUAGGCUUCGAAAUGGAAGGAGCGGGAAUAUGGAACAAGUUCAACUGUCUGAUUAUCAAAGGAGUAUGCGACUACGCGGACAGUCACAAGAACAAGAAAUGGCAGAAGUAUGCAGCCGCGGUUGCUGCAUCGGUUGCAAAGGGAGUAUUGGGGUAUUAUGCGCCUCAUGACAGGCGAUCUCAGUCAGGGACGCCCGAUUCUCGCUCUGAACUGAGUUCCCGAACAUCAGACCUCUCACGCACUCGACUGGAUCCUCAAUCAUUAGGUCUUGUUGACGACUCUCUACCCAGAGAGAUUUUCAAUAGAAUUUUCAACGGCUUUGAGCGGGAAUUCGACUCGAGCAAAGUGAACGUCUAUCGGACCACAGACCUUCGUACUCUAAAGCGGGAGCUGAAACACAUUCAGAAUGAACAGGAACGAACGAAAACACUGCGGAAUUUGAGACGCAUUGAACCCUUUAUUGUGAAAUUCGAACACUACGGAGGAGUGUUACAAAACAUCCUAGGGACAGCGGAACUUAUGGGUUUUAUUUGGGGCCCAGUAAAGGAACUUAUACAGAAAGCCAAAGCCCAGGUAGACACUCUCGACGCUUUAUUGACGGCCUAUGAAGAAAUCGGCGAAGCGCUGCCGAGCUUUGGGGACCAGCUUGAUGCUUUUAGACACAAUGUGGGAUUGCAGCGGAUUCUUGCUAGGAUCUUUGUGGAUGUCACGGAGUUUCAUCACAACGCGUUGAGAGUAUACCUAGGGGGAGCCCUCAAGGUAGUGUUCAAAAGCCUCUGGAAAGAUUUUAAUCCGACAUAUAAGAGUAUUAUGCUCAGAAUACAAUCCCACACCAGAAUGAUCGAAGAUAAGGCUCGGGCUUCGUACAGCCACCCGGGGCCAUACGAUAUGCGGGAAAUCCGUGAUUACCUGAAAGAGAAAGAAAAGGAGACCCAUGACUGUCAAGUCAAAGAAACAGAGAGACGGAAGAAAGAGAUCGAUGAAGUCCAAGGUUGGAUCGGGGGCGCAGAGAGCUAUACCCAGCAUCAAGACAUAUGCCGUGACAGGAAUCUCUAUCGUGGCAGUGGAAGCUGGAUUCUAGACCAAGAAAAGGUCCAAGGCUGGCUGUCCACAGAUCUCGAGGAAUAUAGUUCUCUGCUCUGGGUCAACGGACAUCCAGGAACAGGCAAAACAUACCUCGCAUCUGUCAUAAUCGAUGCAUGUAAGGAGUAUUCGAACGGGAAAACAUGUUACUUUUACUGCAACGAGAAGGUUGAAACAAAAUCAUCCGGUCUUUCUGUACUACGUGGUAUUCUUCUGCAGCUCAUACCAAAAGAUGAGGAUCUGGUCCCUUACUGUCUUUCAAAGAAGAGGAGCUCACAUACCUCAAACAUAUCCGACCUAUCUACGGCGCAGACCCUCAUAGAGACCUUCUGUGAAAGGCUCCCGCGUCUGAAUAUGAUUAUCGAUGGGCUUGAUGAAUGCGAAUAUGCAAGAAAAGAGCUCCUGGAGACUUUCAAAAACCUGAUUAAGAAAGCCGAGGACUCCUGUCCAGGGAAACUCCGAGUCCUUUUCUUGAGCAGACCGCUACCUGAAAUCAGGAGUGCGAUACCGAAUGCCUCUGUCAUUGCCCUGGAGCCAGCGAAUACCAUGGGCGACAUUCGGAGUUAUUGUCAGCAGAGGAGGACACGCGAACUGGAGAAAUUCCAGUCUGAAGAGAGGCUUAUCAAUGACGCAGUGGAUACGAUUUGUAUCAAAUCACAUGGCAUGUUUCUCUUCGCAAGACUUGUGAUGGACAACUUGCAAAAGCAGUCCACUAUCGCCGACUUCAAGAAGGAAAUAAGCCCUACAAUACUGCCAGGCGAACUACAUGACGCAUAUUCUCGAAUCAUGGAACGCCUAAAGCGGGAUCUAAGCCCGGGGCAGUUAAAGUACACCAGGCUACUGCUCGGCUGGUUAGUGUACGCCAAGAGGCCUUUGGAUUGGACAGAAAUUCAAGUUGCGCUGUCUAUUGACAUGGAGCUCCCGGACACAAAUGAACUUGAUAUGGACCUGAGAAUACGCGACGAACCCGAGGAGUUGUGUGGAUCCCUUGUGCAAAAGCUGAAAGGGAAUAAGUUUGAGCUCAUCCACAGCACCGCUAGACAAUUUAUAGAGGAUACAGACUAUAUCAAUUGGCGCACUGCAGAGUGCGACCUCGCCGUCCGCUGCCUUCGAUACCUCACUCUCGACUUAUUCAAAUCCUACAUAUCGGAAAGAGACCUCAAAAAGUAUGCUCGGCGCGGCGAUCUAGCUUUCCAAGACUACGCGGUUGCAUUCUGGUAUCGGCACAUCAGGGCAUUGAUCGAUCAAAAGGCUGCAUUCUUGGGCGAAAGCAUAAUGCAAAGAGAAUACAACGCUGCCAGCCAAGUGCCCACAGUAACGCAGGAACUCGCCAACUUUGUGUCCUUCUACGCAGAUGCAUUUCCAUACCACGUUCCCGAGCAAGCGCUCCGGGAUUGCGUGUUCUUCCGACAGUACCCAUUCUACGGUCAUCUCACCAGAGUCUGGGGCCAUAUCUAUACCGCACAACAGGGCGAUCUGAAAGCAAGAAAUAGCGUGAGCAUCCCCACGUUGAAGGAGACCCUGACACGCAACCGGGAUCUGCUCGAAAAGCUGAGCGAAGACCGCCAAUUGGAUUUCUCGCUAUAUGACGACCGCCCGUUCCGCUGCCCAAGAGUGAUGUGCUCCGACUUCCACUGGGGUUUCCCGGGAAGAGCCCAACGGCAAGACCACGACAGCCAACAUGACCUGCCAUUCCGGUGCAAGGACGAGAAUUGCGAGCGAUUCACGCACGGAUUCCGCUCAAACAACGACCUCGCGGCGCACGAAAAGAAAUACCACCCGGCAGACCGUGAUCUCGGCGACAGUUUUGCGAAUAUACACAGGCGAGAAGUCACCCAGACAAAAUACACGUGUCAGAUUUGUUCCAAGCCUUUUACGAGGAGGAAUAUCCUGGAGGACCAUAUCAGGGCGCAUAAUGGCGAGAAACCGUUUCCCUGCUCGGAGUGUGGGAAAGUGUUCACGAGAAAGUGGGAUACGAAGAGGCAUGAGAAGAUCCAUGAUAAGAGGCGGGCGUAG